GGGCUCUGCGGCCAGGGCCUCUGCGUCAGGCCUGUGGGAAGUGGCUUGACAGGGUGUUGUAAUAAAUAGCCCCAACUUCCUGAUUUUGACUGCGAGGCAGAAACCGGGGGUAUAUCUACCCGGGGAGGAUUAAAAACGGUGCUGUUUUUGCAUAUCUGGGAGCCAAGAGACCAUUUUUGACAAACAGCAAAACUCAAGCAAGUUCCUUGGAAGAGGCUUUGGGGGCCGCCAUGACCCUCCCGUUCCUGGCUCUGCUCUGCGUUGGGCUGUGUGCUGGCCACGAGCUAAGAAGAGAUGAGUCACUUCCCAGGCCCUCCAUCCAGGCCUUGCCCAGCUGGGUGCUUCCUGCCAACAGUCAUGUGACACUGCGAUGCUCCACUCCUACAAGGGAGAUCAACUCCAGGGACAUAAAGUUUAUCCUCACAAAGAACAAUGCUUCGAAGAUCUCAUCUCCUGAUUCCCCAGAGGGCCUGGCAGAGUUUCACCUCACUAACCUAAAAUCCAGUGACGCUGGAGAGUACACCUGUGAAUACAGGACAGAGAGCCCCACCAGAAGGUCACUGCUCAGUGAUGUCCUUCUCCUACUGGUGACAGGAGAAUUACUGAAACCUUCCCUCCACACCCACCACAGGGGUGAGGUGACUGCAGGAGAAAACGUGACUCUGCAGUGCCAGCAGCCCAGGCAUGUGAUUGACCCCUCCACGUUUGCUCUACUGAAGAAGGGGACCUCAACACCCAUAAUGGUCCAGGGUCCAGUAGGAGUGGAGACAGACUUCUCCCUUCCCAGUGUGACACGCAGGGACACUGGGAACUACAGCUGUGUGUACUUCCAACCAAGGACUCCUUUCUGGACCUCACAGCCCAGUGAUGAGCUCAGGAUCUCAGUGACAGGUAAGGUUCUGACCAUCAGCGAGAUGGCUGGAUGGCUGUGUUAUCUGCCAGUGGACUUCCUGCCACCUGAGUACAUCGGAGGGAGGUUCCAUCCCUCCAGGACUCUGGGGCUUGGGAAAGUCAUGUGGGGAGAGGAAGUCAGGGCCAGGAUUUCGUGGAGGAAUGGACAGGAACUUCUGCUAACAGAGAGAGAGAGUGAAUAG